CUCCUCCUUCCCCCCGGCCCGGCUCCGCCCGGCACGGCUCGCCCUCGGCGGGGGCGGCCAGAGCCGGGCGCUGCGGGCAGCCGGGCCCCCCCCGCGCCGCAGCCAUGGCCCCGCGCCCCGCCGCCGCCUCGCCGCGCCUGCUGCCAGCGCUGCUGGGUUUGCACAUCCUCGCCAUCGCCUUGGCCUUGGAGGUGUCGGUGGGGAAGACCAACACCGUGCUGGCUCUGAACGGCUCCGACGUCCUGCUGCCCUGCACCUUCACCACCUGCAUCGGCUUCCAGGACCUGGUCUUCACGUGGUAUUUCAACUCGACGGAGAUGAUCUACCACGGCAAGAUCAAGAGCAAAACCUCUGAGCCCUUCCUGGUGGGCCGCAACCCGCGGGUGGAGUUCGUCGGCUCGACGACGGGGAAGGACAACAACAUCUCCAUCGUGCUGAAGGACGUGGAGCUCAGCGACGCCGGCAAGUACACCUGCCACGUCAAGAACCCCAGGGAGAAGAACGCGCAGCACAACGCCACCAUCAUCCUCACCGUGGUCCACAGGAUGGAGGAGACGGACAACACCCUGACGCUCAUCAUCGUGGGUGUCGUGGGGGGGUUUUUCGGCCUCCUCAUCCUCUUCAUGCUCGUCAAGAGGGUCGUCCUCUUCAUCAUCAAGAAGACGCAGGAUGGGAAGAAGGAGUGCCUCGUCAGCUCCUCGGGCAACGACAACACGGAGAACGGCCUGGCGGGCUCCAAGGCGGAACAAAAAGCCCCCCCGAAGGCAUGAAGCAGCGCACGGAGCCCCGGCCCCCAGCAGGGCAGGGAGCCGGGAUAUGGGGGGGGGGGGGGGAGAAGCCUCUCCCUUUCAUUUCCUUUCCGAACUGCCGACGCUCGAGACACGUUUCUGUUACACACGUGCCUGCAAAACCUGCA